GAGUGAUGCGUCGCGUAUACGGAAACCGAAGGAGAUAACCAGGUAGAACCACCAUCUUGGCAUUCCGCGUCGUCUGCACGGCGCUCGAAUUCUCGCGCCCCCCACCGCGUCUCGGUCACCCUCUAUCGGCCGCCCUAACGAAGUAGCCUCGUAUACGCGACGCCUCUCAAGGGACUAUCUACAUCUACGUGCUCGCAGAUGCGAAGGGGCCGGCUCCGCGCGAAGACCUCGACGAAGAAACCUCAACAUUCCCCGGAGGGUCGCAGAAAGUCGGACACCAUGUUCGUCGAGUUCAGGGACCGCGGGUCCUUCGAAUCCUGGAGGAGAAGCCCGGAACUUCGGCGCGAGUUUCCGGACGAGAGUCUUCUACCUGGAGAAAUCCGAACGAGGGGACACCACCGAGGCGCCGCGAAGAUUCCUCAGUUUUAAUGUUUAACGCGUAACGCGUGAAAGUCGCUUCCAGCGGGGAAGAGCGAAGAAGACGUCGCGGAGAUCCUGGAGAAAUGGGAGGAGAAAAUGCGGAGAUCCGGGACACUCGAGCUGUCCACGUUCUGGCUGAAUUACCAACUGCGGGAACCGCUUUCGAAGGGCCUGAAAGGCUCGGCGACACUCUGGAAUAAAUCCGGAAGAGGCGCGGACAAUCGGGCACUCUCGGCCCUGAUCGGUCGGCGACAAAGGACGUCCUCGAGGGGUCUUCUUUGACGGAGGACCCGGGAUAGCCAAGAAUGCGAGCUUUUGCGGCUGAAAGGAGAUAGCGGGGUGUUACAUCUCCCCGGGAAUGGCGUCCUUGCUCGAGGAGAGCCGACCGGAGUCGACCGAAGGGGAGGAGAAUGGCGAGCUCUUCGAGGACGCGGCCGAAGGACUCGGCCAGGACCCGGGGGACGAGGACCUCCCGAGGGAAGAGACCGCCGAGAGCUCCGAGAGCGAGGCCGAGACCGAACCCGCGAAGAGCUUCCAUCGUACCCUGAGCACGAAUCGCAACAUCGAGAGCUCGAACGACUGCUCCAAGGAGGGAUACCUGAUGAAGCAGACCUGGUCGUUCCAGCGGUGGAGGCGCAGGUACUUCAAGCUCAAAGGCCGCACGCUGUAUUACGCAAAAAGCACCAAGGCCUCUGUAUUCGACGAGAUCGAACUGACUGACUUGACCUUCGCCGAAUGCAGCGUUAGAAACGCCAAUCACAGUUUUCAGGUGAUAACUCCUUUUCGGUCGCUGAUUCUCUGCGGCGAAAGCAGGCAAGACAUGGAGGACUGGUUGAACGCCUUGAGAGCAGCAGGGGAGAGUCGCUCUCAGGGAGACGCGGGAACUGCAGAGAUUCUUGGUGGCAAUCACAACUGGUAUGCUACCAGUCAUGCCAGGCCAACGUAUUGCAAUGUCUGUCGGGAUGCAUUAUAUGGUGUUACGUCUCAUGGGUUGAGCUGUGAAGUUUGUAAAUACAAAGUGCACAAGAGAUGCAGCGCGAAAGCAAUAAACAAUUGCAAGUGGACCACGUUAGCGUCAAUUGGCAAGGACAUUAUCGAGGACCAAGAUGGGAAUAUCUUGAUGCCACAUCAGUGGAUGGAAGGUAACCUACCAGUGUCUUCAAAAUGCGUUGUUUGUGACAAAACCUGUGGCUCUGUACUGAGACUUCAAGAUUGGAGAUGUCUAUGGUGCAAAGCCACUGUACACACUGCGUGUAGACCUGCCAUAAGUGUCAAGUGCCCGUUAGGACCAGCCAAAGUUAGCGUAGUACCUCCUAUCGCAUUACAUAGUAUAGGUAGCGAUGAAGCUUGGGAAGCAGUGAGACCAACUGGUUGCAGUCCACUCCUGGUAUUUGUGAACAGUAAAUCCGGUGACAAUCAAGGCAUUAAGUUUCUCAGAAGGUUCAAGCAACUUCUAAAUCCUGCGCAAGUGUUCGAUCUCAUAAAGGGAGGACCAGGACCUGGGCUAAGACUGUUUCGACAUUUCGACCCAUUCCGGAUUCUGGUCUGCAGUGGCGACGGAUCGGUCGGUUGGGUACUUUCAGAAAUCGAUCGGUUAGGAAUGCACCCGAAGCAGUGCCAGGUUGGAGUGCUGCCUCUGGGAACUGGCAACGACUUGGCUCGAGUUCUCGGUUGGGGUGCCUCUUGCGACGAUGACACCCAUUUACCUCAAUUGCUUGAAAAGUACGAGAAGGCUGGCACUAAAAUGUUGGAUCGCUGGAGUAUUAUGACCUUUGAGCGUAGCAUAUCGCUGCCUUGUCCGAAACUCUCCCCGAGUCGAACCGAUCCAACAUUGGACACCGCGACGAUGCACGAGUACGAAGACAGUGUGCUGAAUCACAUUACCAACAUUAUACAGUCAGACCAAGAAAAUGUCGUAAUAUCCAGUGCAAAAGUUCUGUGUGAAACGGUGAAAGAGUUUGCAAGGCGCUUACUAGAGGCUAGCAUGAAUACCGGGGACCAGCAGCUGGGAGAUAAGUCCGAAGUACUUCGGCAGAAAUUGGAUCUGCUUUUAGAAACUCUCCGUCGAGAGGAAAAUUAUCUGUCCGACAACAACGAAGAAAUAGAGGAACAUGGAACGUCGAGCAACAAUGCACAGGACCAAGAGAAAGGCUCCCUGGAAAAGCCCGAGAAGGACUUGUCAAACUUGAAGCGGGUUCGAAAGAGAAAAACCUUCAUCGAAAGAGAAGCAGUGGUAUCGAGAGCAAACAGUUUGAAGAGAGCUAUCAGAAUACUUGUACAGCACACCGAGACAGCUAUCGACGAACAAAACAGCUCAACGGAUGGAAGGCGAUCGGAUGGGGUACCUCAUGUAAUGAUAACUUCAGAGGACUCUUCGACCGCGAACAAUGUGAACGCUUCAGGUAGGAAAGGCCUACUGGACAUUCUGGGCUUGCAGUCCAGUAACGUAGAGAGCAUGGAGACGAUGCUGACAGUAGAAUCGGAGAGCAGCAACUAUGCCUCGCCAUGCCCUAGCCCGACACCCAAUCUGACAUCUUUGAGUCCGAUGCCAGAUUUAAGGAGGGAUUCUCAAGCCGAAGAAAUGUUGACAUUGCCCGCACCCGAUGGCUUUGCUGACAGCAGACGAAACAGUUCCAACCUACCGCAGGAGCCCUUCGCUUUCGAAGAACAAGUAGCGGAAGCUGCGAACAUCUUAUGUCAGGAUCCUCAAGUUACUGGACCAAAGGAGGAGAGACGACCCUCGGAACCCGUGCAGGUUGAAACCACGUCCGACAUCCAAGUGACCGUAACCGCUACCACGUUGGACACUAGUUCACCAUCAGAUGACACUACCAUGCAAGACACGAUGAUCUCACCUGACACCGAGUCGAUAAAUUCGCGUAACGUCUCACCGGAGUGUGCAAGAAAAUCAGAAUGCUGUACCAGAGCGGGAUUGUCGCGUGGAAGCUGCACCAAUAGUAUCGUCAGCUCCGACAGCACGGUGUCCGAUACCCUCGACUCGAAGAGCAUGGUGAAGAAUAGCGAGAGCGAGAUUGGUCACAUAGACAGCGACAUUCUGGACACGACAAAGCGGUCCGACAGCUCAGAGAUCGGGCACAUAGACUCUCCGGAAAAUUCGGACGUCUGUCCCAGCGACAUGCAGAACUCCGAGAGCAUCAUCGACGACCUGAGCUCGUUGGGCCAAGACUUGAUUAGCACGAUGCUCGGUGAGAAGUACGAUUCGGUCAGGGAAUGUCUGAUAUCGGACCAGGUCGAGAAGCCGAAGAAGUACUGCAGUCUGGCUCAGUUUGUUGAGGGGAACGACAUCGCGAGGAGAUCGUUUAAAAGGCCGGCCAAGACUCUCAUCAGGGAGAAUGAGAUCGAGUGGAAGCAGAAAAUCCUGGGGUCUAGCGUGGCAGGAUUCAAGUCACCUUCGAUAGAGUCUCUCAACUUCAAGGCGCCAAAGGAGGAGAAGACCUCUGACGUGCUCGGUCCAGUUUGCUGCUUCACGGUAACAUCGGAAAGCACUCCGGAAAAUAAAAAGUCUACGAACUUUCCGCCGACUAUUAGGGUCAUCGUUGACCCACCCAGUCCGUCGAUGUCGAUAAAGAGUUAUCACGAAACAGAUAUUGGUUACAAGUUGGAACCUCCAUGGCGACGUUACAGCGGUGGAACGAUGGAGAAGUUGAGUGUCGAACUACCAGACACUGGCUGUUCUCCGCAAGCUACCAGGCGAAUUAGCAGCGGGAGCCUUCUGAAAGCAUCCGAGGUCGUCUCCUUGGCAGCCAGUGCAGCGAAACUAGGUGGUUCGAACCUUAGUCUUCGGCACGAACGUGCAAAAUCGGUGGACAAAACCGAAGAUGUCAAGAAGCUUCCGAUAAUCAACCCCCUGGUUCAACUUCCCAUGUGGCCGAAUGUCAGCAGAGGCGCAGGUCUUAUUAGCCAAGCACUCCUUGCAAAUGCAGAUGCACUGUGUGCAGCGGUGUCUCCACUCAUGGAUCCGGAUGAAAGCCUGAUGGAAGGAUACUUCGAGCGCUGCGUCAUGAACAAUUAUUUUGGCAUUGGGAUUGACGCAAAAAUAAGUCUCGAUUUUCACCACAAGCGUGAGGAACAUCCGGAGAAGUGUCGAUCGCGCGCCAAAAAUUACAUGUGGUAUGGAGUCCUGGGCUCGAAACAGUGGCUUCAAAAAACCUACAAAAAUUUAGAACAACGAGUACAGUUAGAGUGCGAUGGUCAAAGAAUACCGUUGCCUUCGUUGCAAGGAAUCGUGGUACUGAACAUACCGAGUUUCAUGGGUGGCACUAAUUUCUGGGGUGGCACGAAAGAAGGUGAUCUGUUUCUGGCUCCAUCCUUCGAUGACAGAAUUUUGGAAGUAGUUGCAGUUUUUGGCUCGGUUCAGAUGGCAGCUUCGAGGCUUAUUAAUUUGCAACAUCACAGGAUAGCGCAGUGUCAAACUGUCCAAAUUAAUAUUUUGGGCGAGGAAGGAGUGCCUAUACAAGUCGAUGGUGAAGCUUGGGUCCAACCACCUGGUAUCAUUCGGAUCAUUCAUAAGAAUCGAAUGCAAAUGCUCUAUAGAAAUCGAGCACUUGAAACUUCGUUGCGAGCAUGGGAAGAGAAACAAAGAAGUACGAUAUCUGCAGUGUCUCAGUCGACAUCAACACUGAGCAGUGCAUCGCAGUCUAACUCUCGGUCUCAGCUUCAGCUAGAAGGAAGAUCCUCUCAUCUAAGUGAAGAAGAGCAUGGCAUAUUGCUAGGAUUCAUCGAAGUCGUCACCACGCUUGUAAAGUGGGUGAAACUGCUAAUCAUAUCGCAUCCAAGUUUAGAACCUGAUUUGUACCAGAUUGCUGGAAGAACUGCCUUUGCACUCGAGAAGGUUCAUCCCGAUGGAAAAAUACUAGAAGGGCCCAGUUUAAGACCAGUCGUUACGGAGUUGGUUUCAUGUUCAAGACAACUGUACGAAGAGUCGUGUGAACUUCUUCGAGAUAAAGGACAUAAUUUGAGACUACGAGAGGACUUGGAGAGCAAACUGUCUCUGUCGCUAGCUGCCAUGGAACAAGAACUUCGGAAAUGUGUCUUCGACGAAGGAGGAAAUGGUCUGGUGUAUCUUCAGAGCGCCUCAACGGAUGAUCAGGCUGACAAAAAGAAUCGUCACCGAGGCUUGUUCUGGUUAAAGUUUCGUCGCUCUGGAGGGAGUUCAGCGAAUCACCCUGCAAAGGAGCAGGUCACGACUUGGGGGGUCCAGGAAGUUUGCCACUGGCUGGAGGGACUGCAGCUGGGCGAGUACACCGACAAAUUUAUCUCCCACGAUAUUCGAGGUAGAGAAUUACUCACUUUGGCGAGAAGAGACCUCAAGGAGCUCGGAAUCACAAAGGUGGGUCACGUGAAACGGAUCCUGCAAGCAAUCCACGAUCUGAACAAUUGAGGGGAUCGACAUCGUAUCGUGUACCGAUCCUGCAUACUACCGAUCUCGACAACCAAAAGCUACAAAGGAACCUCACGAUGACAGAAUUGUAACUCCAGUGCCAAAAUCUCAGUGGCUGCGGCAACGCCCAGGAAUGGACCUCGUCUUUGUAUCGUCGAAAGACCAGCUAAAUCGGAGCAACACGACAGAUAUUGCGAUGCCUUCUACCUUGACGAGGCGACUUCUUCGAACUAGGGAAAGCACUUGCCACUGGCAAUAACAUCGAUACGUGGUGUAUCGAAGCGAUAUGUACAAAUCAAGCUUUUUCAGCGGAGAAAAGGAUAGGAAGGAAAACUCGGCAGCUUCGCCGUAAAGCAAAGGAUGAGAUCGUCCCGAAAUUCAGCGCGUAAUCGUUUCUCCUGUGACUAGUGAGUACUGAUGAUGUUACGGUAUCUUCUACCGAGCAGGGUACCAUAACCUUGCUUAUGCUAACUCAUCUACAUCGCCUAUUCCACUUUGUUGGCAUAGUCAGAGUUUAGAACCACAGGUUCUCGUUGAUCUUAGGCACCGUCCGAGUGCGUGAUCUCUUUGUUGCAUAUCAGCGUUCCCUGCAUCGGCACAAAGGCAGUUAUGAUAGCUCGAAAGUUAGCAAAGACAUUGAUAUAAUUAAGGUUUAGUUCCUUUUGCGUCUUCAAAGCUGUUUAUUAUCUCUUUUGGCUUUCACCUAUGUAUUUAUUCCUACGGACAUAGUUUCCCUUCAAACUUUCACCCUCCAUCUCUCUCCUGAUGUUAACCGUUUAACUAGAGAGUCGAGGCCCUGUUUAUUAUACAAAGAGAGUUGUCGGUAAGUCGUAGAAUAAUUUCAAACUUCGGAUUAUUAACGCGACCCUUCUUUGGAUAGCUCGGUUCAAGUUGGACUUCGAGCUCCACGUAAGUGCAAUCUCAGAGAGAAGCUCAUAACUGCUUCGCUAAUACCACCGUUAAGGUACUCCUAGGGGCAAGGAAACCUAGCAUUAAAUUCUCAAAUCUUCCCGACUCGUAAUUUUAAGACGUUCGUACUUUUAAGAAUAAUUAGCCGGUAGGCUCACUAGAUCCUGAUCGAUUUUUUGAACCGUCUCUUGAUCCGACGAUUCUAAGGAAACCAUUUUCAUGCGUCUCGUUCCAGGUUUGAGCUUGACAGCUGUCUUGCAACGUCUUGAUUUCCCUUGGAAACUGAGCAUUACAUUUUUCUUAUCCUCCAUCACAGAGUAUUAACGAUAAGAACCACCGAUUGCACCGGAUUAAUCCACCCAACCAAAGACCAGUCUUUUGAGCGAGGUCAAAUGUUCUUGCAAGAGGGUUGCCAAGCUCGACGGUUGUUGUAGCUCUUAGUCUUUUUUAUGAAUCUCCAGUAUUGUAGAUAUUAGCUAGCUAUACGAGUACAUAGGAACAUAGAAGUAUUUAUCUAGCUCGGGCACGAUCGAAUGUUUAACGUUUCUAUCGAAUCGAUCCAAGGAAGCAAAUUUAGAUUAGGUCGUAGGGCUGUCAAAAGACAGGAAACCGGGGAGCGGCUGACUUCGCGGGAGUCGAAAACAAAGACGAGCAAUCAAACGACGGCGCAAUAAAGAAACAGUAUUUUUCUCUAGUGGGCUUUCCGAGCCUUUCAACGGCCACGGGGAAAAAAAAAAGAGGCGGUAUUUUCCGGAACUUCCUUUAGACGGUCUGUUCCCAGGGUCAUUCGAGGAUCUUUAAAACCAGGUACACGUUUUAUCCGAUAUUCAAGUCGUCCCUCACGAGUUACAAUAAUACCACGUCACGGGUACAUUUGUUGCUUAUGAAAAUGUUGAGCCAAAGGGUUGACGGUGUACAGAGCUUAAUUCGAAGUCUAAUCCGAGGAUUGUUACUAAGAGGUGCCGAGUGGAUAUCGUACUCGUAAAUAGGAAGAGCCUUCGCAUCUUUGCUAUAACGUUACGUGCACUAAAGUGCCUAAAUGUAUACUCAUAAUAUCUCUCCGCUUAAGACACUCUUACGAUGAACGAUUGCAAGAAACGAAGCAGGUUUCCUUCCAAUUGUUUGGAUUUUCUCACUCAUCCAUUGCGUUCUUCCUUAGGCAAUCCUUGCGUUACAAAUUCUAGGCACUAUCGAUCGGUGGCGGAAUAGAAAAAAAAAUAGAAAAGUACGUGCAAAGUACACCUCGAUUACCCUGCAAGUGAUUCAGAUUAUGGUCUUCGAAGUAUCUCGAGUAUCGGACGGUGAAUUGUAUCGGUGAAGAAGAAAAACCCACAGAGCCGCAAAUCCAGUUUCCGCGAGAGAACGAACAAGAGAAUCUGCAAGUGACCUUAUUUACGUCUACAUUUGGCUUCGAGAUCUCCGGGAAUUCGUGACAUAGUCGACAGUCUCGCUGACGGAAAAUGUACGGAACCUUUGUCGUAUGUAAGUCAUCGAAGAUUUCCGGUACUUCCCUCGAUUGAAAAGUGGGGAAACGCUCCGGAUUUUGGAUUUUUGGGAUUUCCGCGAUCUAAACUGCUCUACACUGUUAGAAAAAAAAAUAUAUGUAUAUAUAUAUAUGUAUAAUUUUAUAACGUCUUUUCGAAGGUUUAUUCAGACAUGGUAUCUUGUAACGCACCUUUAAGACUUAUGGUGUCUUAACUUUCCUACGCAAUUUCCCGAAGACUAUAAAUUCAUUUGGAAAUUUUGUAAUGCAUACCGAAUCGCUGUCGAGGCGUCGAAUUUAUGGUUUUAUUACAACCUCGUGUACCGAAAGUGGAUACUUUUAACAGUGUAGAGCACGCGUCGGAAACGGAAGACAUCGCCUCGCAAUAAGGCCGAUUUUCUAAGCAAGUAUGUAUAUCGACACAACCGCACCAACCGUAGGGUCCCUUUAAGCGACCCUCCGAUCCCAGUUGUAAUACGAACCAAAGAGACCUUAGCCGAUACACUUCGUCUAUAAAGUUGUUAAUUCUUACAGUUACACGUAUACAUUAAUUAUAUAUUAACGUAGAGAUGUAAGCGCUACAGGGGCGAGGCGUCCGGUCAGGAAAUUAGGAAACUAAUUUCCCGUCAGGCUGCGUUAUCAGAUUUGUAGUUACUACUUUAAGGUCGCCGCAAAGUGUGGGGCUCGAACGCUUUUACCUACGGAUCGAUAGAAUUCCACCCAGAAUUUCAUUUACUCAGAGCCGGAUAUUCUUUUGAACGGUGUCAGCGACAUUUUUAUUUCCGUGAUGGUUCCAUGCAACGAAAACGCCACGAUUUGACGAAGUAGCUUUGAAUUCUCGCCGUUUGCCUCCGAGGCGAGAAAGAACCAAGAGUUUCGUUGCAACACUAUAGGAAACGCGUUCGAGGGCUCCGGGAAGGAGGAAGAUAAAGUAACUCUUGCCUUUUCUAUAUAAUAAUAUAUAAUAAUAUAUAAUAAUACUUCUUAACCGUAAAGACACCUCAGCGUCCCUAUUUAAGAGGAUGUGAAAGUGGCAUCCGAAAAGUCAAUUGUUCGUGAAACUUAUUGCACAAACUGGGUGUACCAAAUCGUUUCAAACUUCACAACGUAAAUGUAGAGGCUAUAAGGAAGGU